AGCACUGCUGACCACACAUCAGGAACUCUGUUGACCACACAUCAGGAGCACUGCUGACCACACAUCAGGAGCUCUGCUGACCACACAUCAGGAGCUCUGCUGACCACACAUCAGGAGCACUGCUGACCACACAUCAGGAGCACUGCUGACCACACAUUAGGAGCACUGCUGAAGUAGCUAUGGCAGACUGUGAACCAGUAUUUUGUUAUACCACAGAAUAUGACUUGGAGACAUUGACUGCUUUACUUGAUGAAGAAGAAGAGGAAAAAGAUGUAACAGGAGAAGAGGAGCCAGUAACUGAAUCAGAAGAUCUUAAUGCCCUUGCUGCCUUGUUGAAUGUUGAUUCUGAAUUUGAGGAGGAUGUUGAUAAAUUUGAGCCCAAUGCUACAAAUACUACUAGUAUGGCUGAUUUAGGUCUUGUGUUGUCAGAUGAUGAAGAAUCUCCUACAACAUCUGGCACUUCUAAGUCAAAAUUUGUUUCUGGUUUCUCUGGUCUUUCAAACAAAAGUGGAGAUGAUGUUGACCCAUUAGAAGCAGAGUUGCAGAAAAUGGAAGAACGUAUGAAGCUUCUUCGGGAACAGUUAACAAAAAAAAAGAAAUUUGACUUAAACGAGGAAUCUUCAAGUAAAAAAUUUACUAAAUUGACUAGUGUUAGCCAUAUAGCAAAUCAUACUGUAAGAGAGCUGUCUGCCGAGGAAGAAUCACAGCUGCACAAGAAGCUUAAACGAAAGAGUGAAUUGCAUAGUGGUGACACAGAUUCUGAGGAUGAAGAAGACCAUCGAAACCCCUUUGAACAACGCUACAAUAGUUGUGGACGUGAAAUUAAGAAGCGUAUUUCUCACGAGCCUAGUCAAACUCGUAAUGAUCAUAAAGAUGAAAUAUUAGCAAGAGUUAAAGGAAAAUCACAAGAUAAAGGUUGGAACCAGGUCAAUGGGUCUUUGGUAUCUUUGAAGGCUGCAGGCAUCUCUUCACCAGAGAAUGAUAGAAAUUGCACCAUUGACCAGUAUUCAGGAAUAAGAAUUGUUAAUCCUUUAGUGUCAGGAGAUAUGAUGCGUGAGAGAAUGGAAGGACGAAAAAUGGUGCGCAUGACCACUAUUUGUCUACACCUUCGUGGUGGAGACAUUGAGGGAGACUGGGUCACCAUUGGAGUUGUUGUGUCAAAGAGUGACCCGAGGACAUCACAGAAGGGUUCCCAGUACUCCAUUUGGAAAUUAAGUGACCUAUCAGAUUGCACCAAAACAGUGGCACUCUUCCUAUUCUCUGGAGCAUAUAAAGCCUUGUGGAAGACCAGUGUGGGCACUGUCAUAGGUCUUCUUAAUCCUCAGAUCAUGAAGGACAGGCAAAGUGACAAGACUACAGAUCUUCUUACAUUGUCCAUAUUUGACCACCAGAAAGUCAUGGUGAUGGGAAGCUCUAAGGAUCUUGGAUGGUGCAAAGGAAGAACAAAACAAAAUUCACAGUGCAAGUAUUUCGUGAACAAAUCUUCAUGUGAAUUCUGUAUAUACCACAUCCAACGAGAGUAUCAGAAGACUUCGGCCAAGCGUGCAGAUAUCCAGUCAUCGUUCACCAGAGUGGACCCUCGGCGGAGAUUACAAGAGAAAGUACUUGGGAAAGAUCAGGUAUUUUAUGGUGGGCAGCUGUACACAUCACCAGCACCUGGAUGUGCCCCUAAGCAAGCUAGAGCCAAUAAAGCAAAGGAUCUCACAACUUUAGCUUCCCUCAAGCUUAAAGUAAAGACAGAACAGUUGAAGACAGAAGACAAACAGAAUUCCUUUAUUUUAAAACACAUGAGUGAUGGUGAAAUUAAAGCAAUUAGACAAGUAGCUCAAACAAAUGAUAAUUUUAGUGAAAGACUUCUGGCUCCUACCCCCGGAGCACGUAAUCUUUUACGCUUCAUGGUCAAGGAAGAUGUGCAGAAAAAGACAAAGUCUGGAGAAAUUCGCAGUGUCACUGCUAAGGAUUUGCUCAAUAUGACUAGUCAGCAAAUCCAGUCACGGAAAAGACAACAAGAACAUAACUGUGUCACAGUCAUCCACUGGCAUCUUUGCCAGGGGGGGGGCUGGGACAAUCCAGACUUUCAUUGUCUCCCAGUAACCCACAUUAGCCGUGGGUCCCAGCCUGGUGGUGAUAUUGAUUUAGAUUUUUCACCGCCUUUUAGAAGAGCAGAUCCUGCGAAAGCACGAGCACUGGCCACGUUGCAGAAGAAAGGUGGAAUCCAAGCUAAAAACCCAAAUGCAGUAAAAAAUACUGAGAAAGCAGCUGAUCCUCACUUUCAGGAAAAAGUCAGAAAGAGAAUAAACAAAUCCUCUGAUUCAGACAGUGGAGACCAGACCCUAAAUGAUUCCUCUGGGGCGAAGCUUGAGUCUGUUGAUAUCAACUCUGACAAGUUUAAAGCCAUGAUGGAACAAAAAUCACGUCACACUAAUUUAGUAGAUGCUGUAGAAAAUGAGGCACUAGACAAAUAUUAUCAAGGAUUGGAGAAGAAAGAAAUGUUGGAGGAAAAGAUGCUAUCUGUAAUGGAGAUACCCACCACUGCAUAUGUUUGCUUCCAGUGCAAGUACAUGGCAGAAUCAGCAUCAGACUUAUGUCGUGAAGAGAACCACUCUCUCAAGACAGUAAAAGCCAAAAAAAGGUUUUUUGAAUGCAAGAACUGCAAAAGAAGAACCUCAUCCUUGGACAAGUUGCCUAGGAAAUCAUGUGCAACAUGUGAUCACAGUUCCUGGCAGAGAGUUCCUAUGGGAAAGGCAAAGAGUGGACCUAAAUUGGAUUCUGAAAUAUUGUCCUUGAGAGGUGACGAGCUCAAGCAUUACAGUGCAAGCAGUAACAAAGUUUUUCUACAUAUAUGAAACCUAUACAGUACUCUGAAUACAGUAAUUUUGUUAAAGAGGUUGUACAAUGUCAGUUUUGAAUUUUGCAAAUUUGUUGUCUAGCAUGCAGUACUGUACUCUUAAUUCAAAUAGUGAUCUUUUCAUUUUCAAUACUUGUACAUAUUGUAUAUUUAAGGCUAAGAAUUUUAUUUUACUAAUUUAUAAAAAAUAUCAAGCCAG